AUGUCUGUGUUGCCGGGUGGUGUUAGGGAGCUUGCGGCCAGCUCGCGCCUGGGAUCGCUAUCUCGAACGAGUGCUUUGGUAAGCGGAAAGUAUGGAAAGAGCUUGGAACAGAGAAGAGGAAUUACGAUUGACAAGUUGGAUGAAGGGAGAGGCAACCGCGAGCGCGUAGUUAUCCUAGGAUCCGGAUGGGCAGGCUUCACAGUCGCCCGCUCUCUCGACGCCUCGAAAUUUCAAACCCUCGUUGUAUCUCCCCGUUCCUACUUCGCCUUCACGCCCCUCCUGGCCUCUACCGCCGUCGGCACCUUGGAAUUUCGCACUGCCCUCGAACCCGUGCGCAGCCGACGAACAAAAGUCGAAUUCUUCCAAGGAUGGGCCGACGAUGUGGAUUUCAAGAAUAGGACGAUUACGAUCGAAGAGGCGGUUGAUGAUCCGAAGCAGGGUGUUGCGUUGACUACGGAUCGGCACGCAGGCGAGACCAAGGAAGAGAGGGAGGUGGAGAGGAAGAAGGAGGCUAAAGUGGGGAAGUUGUUCGAUGUGCAGUAUGACAAGUUGAUUGUGACGGUGGGAUGUUAUAGCCAGACGUUUGGUACCCCAGGUGUCAAGGAACACGCUUUCUUCCUCAAGGACGUGGGCGACGCGCGUAGGAUCCGGAAUCGCAUCUUGGCAUGCUUUGAAGGCGCGGCGCUACCUACUACUUCUGUUGAGAUGAAGAAGCAAUUGCUCAACUUUGCUGUUGUGGGGGGUGGGCCUACGGGAAUCGAGUUCAGUGCCGAGCUGCACGACUUGAUUAAUGAGGAUAUGAAGAAGUUGUACCCGGAACUCAUUCAGUAUCAUAAGAUUACUGUUUACGAUGUUGCGGAGAAGGUGUUGCCGAUGUUUGACAAGAAACUCGCGGGGUAUGCGAUGCAGAAGUUUAAGCGUAGGGGUAUUGAUAUCAAGACGAGCCACCAUGUGGAGGAGCUGAGGCCGGGAGCGCCGGCUGAGAGGGGUAUGUCGGAUGAUAUCGAUGAUUACCAUUUGUAUACGCUCAAGGUCAAGGAGGAGGGUGAGAUUGGAGUAGGCAUGUGUGUCUGGAGUACAGGACUCAUGCAGAAUCCCUUCGUCGACCACGCACUUUCCUCUGUCCGCGAGGCACCCACCGACCUACACCUCCCAUCCUCAUCGUCCUCGUCUUCCGCACUCAACAAAGACGUAAAAUGGAUAGUCAAGAAAGACCCAAAAUCCGGCUCUAUCAUCACCGACGAUCACCUCCGCGUAAAGCUAAUCCCUUCCUCAUCCUCAUCCUCAUCCGAACAAAGCAGCUCCACCACAACCGAAGCAAUCCAUCCCUCCGUCUUCGCCCUCGGCGACUGCGGCAUCAUCCAAGACACGACCUACCCCGCCACCGCACAAGUCGCAUCUCAAAAGGCCUUUUGGCUCGCCAAACGGCUAAACAAGGGCGACUUAUCCCCGUCCUCGCCUUCUUCAGAGUCCAAGGGAUUCACAUACAAAGAUCUCGGUACGCUGGCGUAUAUUGGUAAUUGGAAUGCCUUGUUCCAGGGAGGUGGCAAGUGGGGUGAGAUAAUGUUCUGGGGAUUCUUCUAUGAUCUCAACCACCGUGGCUUCGGCGAGAACUUGUAG